CAAGCUGAAGAUUAUAUUUUAAUUAUUUUAAUAUUUUCUGUGGAAUUUUUGUGGCCGUCCACACCCCACUUAACUAUUUUUUCCCCCUCUUCCCUGUGUCUCCUCUCCCACAGUCCGGGGGGAACUCUCUCGAACUCCCUCGUCUCUCUUUCCUGCUAACUCUAAUCUCACCUCUCUCUUUCUCCCUUUCACACUGUGCACAAAAGGUGCACAAAUUUUCCGACCACCACCACCCAAACCAAGAGCACCAUGAGCUUCGCCUCUUCCUCACAAGCCUAGAACACCCAAUCUCACCUCGAACUUCCUUUCAGAUAGUGGGGAUCGAAACUUAAACGGGCCGCCACUUUUCUAACCAUUUUCCUUUCAAACCACGGCGAGUUAGAUGUUGAGAGGGAUACCAUUCUAUUCGUCUCGCUCUGAGCGAGUUCCGUGGCUUUCAGGCAUUUUUCCAAGCAAACCACGGCGAAUCAACCGCCGAGAAGGGUAUCAAUUUGUUCAUCUCAUUCUGAGUAGGUGAGUUACGUUUGGAGUUGGAAAGAGUUGACGAUGACAAACUCAGCUGGUGAGAGCAAUGCAAACGGUGACCACUCUACAAUUCAAGUAAGAGAGGACGGAGAGAGAUCUGAGAGAGAAAUAAGUCAUGCGGGUAACCAAAUUUUGAGCGGAAACGAAGAAAAUGAAGACUCUGUAAUACAAGUUAGAGAGGGCGGAGAGAGAUCUGAGGGAGAAACAAGUCAUGCGGGUAACCAAACUUUGAGCGGAAACGAAGAAGAUGAAGACGAAAGUUUUGCGUCCCAGAUCAAAACAGAGCUUUCCGUGAAACGUCCUGAACUAAGUCCUACUUGCAUAUUUAGGGUCCCUAAGAAACUUGUCAGGGACAAUGAAAAUGUUUUUGUCCCACAAAUGGUUUCAAUCGGGCCUUAUCACCACGGAAAUAAAAAGUUGCAACACAUGGAACAAAUUAAGCAAUGGUAUUUGCAAGGCCUCCUCGACCGCAAACCAACUCCAGAAACCAGUUUGGUGAAGUUGGUCAAAGAAAUUAGAAGCAGAGAAGAGUUUCUUCGUAGCUGCUAUGACGAAAAGCUUGAUCUGAAUAGCUAUGAGUUGGUGAAAAUGAUGGUGGUCGAUGGUUGCUUUAUUAUACGGUUCCUCCGCAUGGAUAAUGCGUUUGAAGAUCCUGGUAUUGAUGAUCCUGUUUUCAGUGUGCCGGGUGUGUAUUCGGCAGUUAAAAAGGACUUGUUGCUGCUUGAAAACCAGCUUCCGUGGAAAGUUGUCGACUGUUUAUUCAACCUCACAGCAAAACCAGGAGAUCCUUCUCUACAUAAAUUUAAUAUUAGCAUGUCUCGGCUCUCAUAUUUCUUCAUUAGGCCUCAUCCCACGGAAACGAGGGAAAUCAGACAUUUUCUUGACCAACUAAGAGAUUUGCUUGUUGGAUCAUCACCGUUGAGUACAGACCAUCAUGAUUAUUGGACUCCUAUUCCCCCAGUGACACAUCUUGAGGAAAUUGGAGUCAAAUUUCUUGUAUCCGAUGAGAAAGUUCCGUUGAACAUGACCUUCGACAGGGAAAACGGAGUGAUGGAAAUUCCACGUACGAUAAUUGAAGUCCAGACAGAAUCUGUCUACAGAAACCUCAUAGCCUACGAACAGUGUUCAGCGAGGCACCAUGAAUGUCGCAUUUUGUCUUAUGCCAUGAUCUUCAACCACCUUAUCAAGUCUACCAAAGAUUUAGACUCUCUCAUUCACAAACAAAUUAUAUACACCGAGUUGAGCAAGGAGGACACUGUUAGUUUGUUCAACAGGCUUUGCAAUGACACUGAACGCAUCUCCUUCUUUUACUCUCAACUCACCUGGCAAGUGAAUGAAUAUUAUGAAAAACGUUGGCUAAGGCAUUGGCUUGCAAGGAUCAAGAACGAUUAUCUAUACAAUCCAUCAUCAAUCUGGUCACUUUCAAAUGCAAUCAUCAUUGUUCUCAUUCUUACUGCCACGCAAACCGUAUAUAGUGUUCUUGCCUACUACAAGCAGAAGUCGUAACCUUCCAAUCGGUCAAUGUUCGCCCAAGGGCCUAAAAAUGAACAAGACUUUCCUAACUGCAGGCAAAGUUAUGAAAUAAUCACCCUUUUGAGUUUGUAUAUAUUUGCUUAUUUUCUAUAUAAAAUAAAGCAGUGAUGCAAUUGAUUAUUUUUAUGUGUGAAAGUACUACACAAUUUGGAACUAUCUGGCCAUAUAUUGUUUUCAA